AUGAAUCAAAGACCCUCUCUCCGUCGCUCCAACACGCUCAAGCGCCUGUCCAGCUGGUUUCUCUCCUGGAAGCCCGAUGUGCAGUAUAAUCCCCUCGGCGACGUCCAUACCGUCCUAGACAGUCUGUCCGAGAGAGAGACUGCAACUGCGAUAGAUACUGCAACUGCGAUAGAGACUGCAACUGCGAUAGAUACUGCAACUGCGAUAGAUACUACAAAGACUGCCACUGUCACUGUCACCGAGACAGACAGUCAGACAGACGAGAUACAGAACCAGACGGACACCCAGACACAACCAAAGACACAGAAACCACAGCCUAUUUAUGCCUGUCAAGCCUGCCAGAUCGCAGACCGUCUCGGCCAGGACGACCGCCAGGACGGCGAGGACACCUUCAUCUUCCGUCUGAACCCCCUCCGCGUGGCUCUCUUCCGCCGCAGCGCCUCCGUCCGAACAUACCAAAACCAUCUAGGAACCGUCUCCGGCUCAGUCGACUCCUCCGACCCGUCCCCGUUGGCAUGUGCCUGGCGCGAGAUCCACGAAGAAACAAGCCUGACCGCUACCUCGCUCACCCUCUGGCGCACAGGGAAACCCUUCACCUUCACCGACCCCUCCGUGGAUAGAGAAUGGACCGUCCACCCGUUUGCCUUUCUCUUCGAUCCCGACAGACAAGCCAUCCGUAUCGACUGGGAGCAUGAUUCGUGGGACUGGUACGAUCCCAAGACUUGCAUGGACAAUCCGGCGGCUGGAAAGAUCGUCCCCAGACUACAAGAUAGUCUGCACAGAGUGUGGUUCGAAGCAACCCUCCCCGGAGAGGCGAGCGCCGCGCUCUCCACGGGGUUGAAGCGUCUGUCGACCGACCGUUCGAGUGGUUCGCGUGAGCUGACGACCAUCGCGCUGGCAAUCUUCCGCGACGUUCUCUCCCACGGCGAGGGGAUGGACUGGUCCGAUAUCCGUAUGGUGGCAUGGCAUAUCUGGAAGAACGGCCGGGAGAACAUGGGCGCCGCGAUAGUCAAUGCGUUGAUGGCUGUUUUGGACGAUAUGAGUGGCAGCAACAAUGAUACAAAUGAAAACCUGCUGGUCGUGGACCGCCAUCUCGCCCGACGGAAGGAGAUGCCGAUUAUUAUUCGCAUCCAAGAGACGUUCAAAACAUACUUGCAACCCAUUCUCAAGGAAGAUGCCACCGAUCCCACCAUCAUCUCCCUCCUUACCCUCUCCGCCAGCUCGACCAUCCGCGACUGCAUCGCCUCCUUGACAGCGCUCUGUUCAUCGCUGGACGUGCGUAUCCUCGAGUCCCGUCCCCUCUGCGAAGGCGCGAGCUUGGCGUCGUCCAUCCUCGGUCAAUUCGAAGCACAGGGGCAAAAAGAAAGUCUCAAAAUCACUCUCUACACCGACGCCGCAGCCGCCACGGCAGCUCAAGGUAUCCACCUCCUCCUCCUGGGCGCAGACGGUAUCUCCCCCUCCGGCGUGUGCAACAAGAUCGGCUCCCUCCCUGCCGUCCUGGGUACCAAGCUCGUCGCUCCAAGGGCUAGAAUCCUUGUUCUCAGCGAGAUGGAAAAGGUCGCCGGACUGGACUCGACACCGACGGAAGAGAAUGAGCCCGACGAGGUCACCCGCUGCUGGCGCUCCGAGGGGAUAGACAUGGGGAUUAUCGACAGAGAAAUGAGAAACAAAGAAGAUUCAACAGACAUCGUGCAGGUCCGCAAUCCAUAUUUCGAAUCGGUGCCGCUGCACCUCAUCGAUGCCUUGAUCUGCGAACAAGGCGUUCUCCAUCCAGACGCUCUGAGGGACCGAUCGAGACGGGUGGCACAGCAGAUGGACCGCUUGUUUGGAGAUUUAUAG